UCAGUGAGUUUUUACACGAACUUCAAUAUUCAGUUUUUACAAGGUAUAUUAACGUCUGUGCUGCUUUAACGAGAGGUUUUGUGCCACCAACAAAAUGUCUCCACUAAUGGUUCUGUUUGUUGUCUCCAUGGUGUAUGGAGUACUAGGAAAAGCUGUUUUAAAAAACAAAUCUGUUGCGGACUCAAAAUCUGAGCAAACUGGCUACUACUCACCUGCAAUCUUAUCGGCACCAGUUCAUGGAGGUAUUGCUCUGGAUGCUGGUCUCGGAAAUCUUGGUGGAGUUGGUCUCAGUGGACUCGCUAUUGGUGAAGCCGGUGGAGUAGCUCUUGGCUCUCUAGGUGGUCUGGGAGCUGGAUCAACUGCAUCAUUGAACAGCGCCGGUGCAGUAGGCGCUUCACAACUUAGCGCUAUUCAGAAUGCUCAAGCUGUUCAAGCAGCUCAGAUCGGGAACGCCGCUGCUGCAGGUAUCCAGAAUGCGCGCGCUGCUGAAGUUGCUGCUAGAGCAGGACAGGCUAACGCCAUUCAAAAUGCCCAGGCUUUAGACGCAGCCCGUAUUGCUAACAUACAAAGGGCCCAAGCCGCUGCUUUAGAGAACGCCAGAGCGGCUGAGGCAGCAAGACGUGCUGCCGCUGCCAGCGCCGUGGAAUUGUCUAGAGCCGUUGAAGCUGAACGCAUUGCAAACGCAGCUCGUUUACAAGCCGUCGCUCUUGCAAACUCACGAGCCAUAGAAGCCGCUCGCAUCGCUAACGCUGCAAGAGCUCAGGCAGCUGCCGUGGCGAGCAGUGCGGCUCAGGCUCAAUCAGUUGCUGAUACAGUUGCAAGACAAGACAGUCUGUUGCUGAUAGACAAUAAUGGACUUGGUGCUGUUGCUGGCACAGUUGGUGGUGCUGCGAUUGUUGCUGCUGGCCCAAUUGAAGUUACUGGUACCGCGUAUGGUGGAUAUGGACAUGGCUAUGGACAUUAAAUAUACUAUGAGACGUCAU